GUUUUUAUAAAGAACCAAACACUUAUCCUCACUUAAGACAAGGGAUUUGUGAUUUGUGCUCUUUCUUUUGCAGCUAAUUACCUUGUUUAUGUUUUAAAUAUUGAUUUUAAGUAAUUCCAGGGUUGAAAUUGACUCUUGUAAGUUGUUCAGGAAUUUUUGAUUUGCACAAUGUCGAAUACGUUUGCUACUCCAAAAGAACUUGUAGAAGAACUUUGUAGAUUGCGUGAUUUAAAAGUAGGAAUAUUUGGUGAAAAGAAGCCUACCAUCCGCUCUGUCUCUUUCGCUGUUCCAGGUACCGAUUAUGAAUUAACGUCCUGGAGAGUUUGGGAGCAAGCAUAUCGUAUCAAUGUGUCCGACAGCAAGAAGACAUAUGAUGGUGUGACAGGUUUGAAAAGACGUUUACCAACAUGCGCUCGUGGUUUAUUCACCUAUAUGGAUCCCAGGACGAAAGAACAAAAGAUUGCUAUCCGUGGUUAUGACAAGUUUUUCAAUAUUGAUGAGAUUCCUCUCACUACUUGGAACUCUCUGAGGGAACACACAAAGGGGCCUUACGAGCUGACAGUCAAGGAGAACGGUUGUAUUAUUUUUAUCAGUGCUUUAUCCAACGGCGAGCUCAUCAUCACCAGUAAGCAUUCCUUUGGUGCUGUUGAAGGCCAAAGCGUUUCCCAUGCGUUAGCUGGAGAGCGAUGGCUUGAAGAUCAUCUGAAGAAGGUUGGUAAAUCAAAAAAAGAGCUUGCCCAGGAGCUUCUUAAGCGCCAAGCUACAGCUGUCGCAGAGUUAUGUGAUGACGAUUUUGAGGAACACAUUCUUCCAUAUCGAGGUGAUCGUCGUGGUUUGUAUUUACAUGGUCUAAAUAUGAAUAUUCCUGAAUUUACCACGGCGUCAUCAGAAGACGUAUCCGCUUUCGCAAAGGUUUGGGGUUUUUUGAAAACUGAUUCUUUUUACAUUCACAAAUUUGAAGACAUGAAGCACUUUUUGGAAGAGACUGCAAAGACUGGAAGGUUGAAUAACCGCAGCGUUGAGGGAUUCGUUGUGCGUUGUCAUUCAACUGCUCAAGCUGGAAAACGCAACUCAACAAAUGAUUUCUUUUUCAAGUAUAAGUUUGAAGAGCCCUACGGCAUGUUUCGACAAUGGAGAGAGGUUACAAAAAUGCUAAUCCAUGACAAGCCUCUUAAUUACGCCAAGUACAAAAAGAUUACAAACGAGUAUGUGGAUUUUUGUAGAAAAAAGUUCCAAGAGAAGCCUGAAUUAAAGGCUCUGUAUCUUAAAAACAAAGGAAUAAUAUCUCUGCGAGAAGAGUUUUUGCUACUCUCCAAACUCGACGCUAUGACGAUUUCGGUCGAGUCUAGCAAUGAGAAGCCUUACACAUUACUCGUACCAAUUGCUACCAUUGGUUGUGGAAAAACAACGGUUGCCAAGAUUUUGGAGAAAUUAUUCAAUUGGCCUGUCGUACAGAACGACAAUAUCCCUUCCGGUAAAGGAGGACCUAAGAAAUUUGCACGUGCAAUUGUUAACGAGUUUCAAAAUGGUCAUCCGAUUGUAUUCGCUGACCGAAACAAUCACAUUCCGAAUAUGAGAAGUGCUCUUCGAAGUGAUGUUUCGGCUGAAUUAGAAGGGGUUCGCUAUGUAGCUUUGCCUUUUGUACAAAACUUGAGUACUCGUUCUUUUGUGCAAGAGCGAGUAAUAAGCCGAGGUGAUCGUCACCAAUCCAUCAAAGUAUCGGAAGGUGUAGAAAAGGUAAAUUCUAUUCUAGACAUGUUUUACAAACAAUACAAGCCGUUUGAUCCCGAAUUAUUUUCUCAUGAUGAAGGUUAUGAUGAUGUUAUAGAAUUGGAUCCACAUGUUGGAUCUUUGGAGAAUGCACGCUUAAUAGUUGAUUACAUGCAACAACAUAUUCCUGACUCGAUAACCAACUAUCCUUCUGAGGAUGAAUUUCAGCGAGCUCUAGAAUUUGCUGUCAACGAUUAUGUGCCUACUUAUACAAAAAUUAUGGGGGAAAGCUCCUUGAAGAAACAAGAAAGAAAUUCCAACGAAAUUCAAUAUUUCGGAGCUUUUAUUCCUUCAGAUAAAGUAAAAGCCAUAUUAAAGGAUGUUAUUAGGUCAAAAGGUAUAAGCUGGGAUGAUCAGUUUUCUUCUUAUACCCUUCAAGAUUCUUUUCAUGUGACGAUGAUACACAGGUCGCAAAUCACGCUGGGUCCCGAAAUGGCUGAUUUAUGGCAACAAUACCUUAAUCAGCUUAAAAAGAAGAGAAGCAACGUUAUCGAUCAUGUUAGCUUUACUCUGAGAAGCCUCGUAUGGGACGGAAGAGUGAUGUGCUUUAAAGUAGAUAUUGAUUCAAAGAGCAUGUGGUUUGGAAAAACCGGCAAUCCUCAACUACACAUAACAUUAGGUACUACUUCACCUUGUAUCAAACCAUUUGAGUCCAAUUUGAUGCUGGAGAGAUUGAGAACAGGAAAAGCAUCACAGGAUGAACCAGAAAUUCAUACAAUAGAUGUUGAACCUAAAGUUGACAUCACGGGAACACUGCAGUUCCUUCCUAAGGAAUAAUGUAUAGCGCUAGUUAGUAUAAUGAAUUUUGGAUAUGGUUUUUCUGGAGAUUUAAUUUUUCAUAAGUUAUAUAAGAUGGC